AUGGGACGCCGUCGCGGAUAUCGAUGCCAGUGGUCUUUGUUUAGUGAGUCCGUCUCGAUUACGAGCACUAAGUUAACUGUAUCUUUUAAGGGCGGAAGCGAGCAGGGUCGGCGCGGCCAGAACGACGAGGAGCGCCUCUACCGCACGCGAGGCCCCAAGUACGCCAGGGUCCCGUCGCGGCCCACGCUCUCCGCGUCCACGACGUGCACGUCCCUCGCCACGUCCUGCGGCUCCCAGGGAACCCUCGCCCCCAACUACGCGGCGAUUCCCGAAGUCGUAUCCACCGAGAGCAGCAGCGAAGACGAGCAGGACUCGUUCGAGGAGACUCGCCGUCACUUCCAACAGCUUCGCCAAAUAAGUUUGGGGAACGAGUUCAAAUACAAGAUGGAGAUGGAAAUUACGGGCGCGAAGGAGGAAAACUUGCGGAACUCGGUGCCGUACGUGAAGCAGCUCAGUUCGGAAAAUAACAAAGCGAAAGCCGAUUAUGGCAUCGACGGAGACGGGCCUUCGUUCGGAGCUGCCGCGCAACGUCUUUUCCUAUGGACGCAGCUAUUCGCUGCGCUAGCCGUAUCGAUGGGCUCCCUCAUCGUGGGCUUUUCUUCGGGAUAUACCUCGCCGGCCCUCCCGAGCAUGAACGCUACCUUGGCUAUAACAAACGAAGAGAGCAGCUGGGUCGGCGGACUGAUGCCUCUGGCGGCGCUCCUGGGAGGCAUCGUAGGAGGUCCGCUUAUAGAAUAUCUGGGAAGGAAGAACACUAUCCUGGGCAUCGCUGUUCCAUUUUUCGUCGGCUGGAUGUUGAUCGCUAAUGCGGUUAACGUGUUGAUGGUGCUCGCCGGUCGAGCGUUUUGUGGCAUUUGUGUGGGGAUCGGCAGUCUCGCCUUCCCGGUGUACCUGGGCGAAACGCUACAACCGGAAGUGAGAGGCGCCCUCGGUUUAUUGCCGACAGCGUUCGGUAAUACUGGAAUACUCCUCGCCUUCUUCAUCGGAACAUACUUCAACUGGUCGCACUUGGCGUUCUUCGGUGCGGCUCUUCCUGUUCCCUUCUUUUUACUCAUGCUCGCUACGCCGGAAACUCCCAGAUGGUACUUCACUAAAGGGCGACCCGAAGACGCUCGUAAGGCCUUGCAGUGGCUGAGGGGGAAGAGCACAAACAUAGAUAAGGAACUGAGGGAUCUCGCGCUAUCGCAAGAAGAUUCCAACCGAAGCGGGGGAAACGCUUUCGGUCAAAUGUUUUCAAGAAGAUACAUGCCGGCGGUUUUAAUUUCCUUGGGUCUCAUGCUUUUCCAGCAGUUGAGCGGUAUCAACGCUGUAAUAUUCUACGCUUCUACAAUAUUCAAGAUGGCCGGCAGUACGCUCGACGAGAACGUGUGCAGUAUAAUAAUCGGCGUAGUGAAUUUCGUGUCUACGUUCAUCGCGACGGCCAUCAUUGACCGCUUAGGCAGAAAAAUGCUCCUAUACAUUUCUUCGGUGGCAAUGAUCGUUACCCUGGUCGCUCUCGGCUCGUACUUUUACGUCAGAGCCGUCGGAACCGACGUGAGCGCGUACGGCUGGUUGCCGCUGGCAUGCCUCGUAAUUUAUGUUCUAGGAUUUUCGAUCGGCUUCGGUCCCAUUCCGUGGCUAAUGUUGGGCGAGAUCUUGCCAUCCAAAAUACGCGGGACGGCCGCCUCUCUGGCGACAGGAUUCAACUGGACGUGCACGUUUAUUGUUACUAAAACGUUCCACAACAUCAUCGCCGCGAUUAAGAUGUACGGUACCUUUUGGUUAUUCGCCGCCUUAUGUGUAGCUGGGCUAUUUUUCGUCAUCUUCUUCGUGCCCGAGACCAGGGGCAAGAGCUUAGAAGAAAUCGAAAAGAAAUUAACGGGCGGUUCUCGUAGAAUACGGAUAACGGGUAAUAAGCAAAUGCAAAAUGUGUGCUAG